UCGUCCACGUGUGUGUGACGUCAUACUUUGUAGUAAACCCAGAAGGAGGCGCUGCAUCUUGGGAAGGGGAGGCCAUGUUUGAUUGAUAUUACGUUUCAUAUCAGAAAACUACAGCAAAAUGAUUGAACAAGACAGACCUGGAAAGAUAUUUGUUGGAGGCCUUACUUCAAAUGUUGACAGAGAGACACUUGAAAAUGCAUUUGCAAAGUUUGGCAGAAUCACAGAAGUUCUCAUAAUAAGAGACAAAAUCACCAACCAGUCACGUGGAUAUGGAUUCAUCACAUAUGAAAAUCCCUUGGACGCCGAAGAUGCAGUGAAAGGAAUGGAUGGAGAAGUUCCCUCAUUUCAGACCAUAAAUGGAAAGGAAAUUCAUGUUGAACAAGCAGUGAGAGCUAUACAUGAUGACCGAGGAGGAAUGAGGUCAGGUCGUGGUGGGAGGUCAAGGGGUGGUUCCUCCAUGCGUAGCAGGGGCAGUCGAGGGGGUCUCUCAAGUAGAAGGGGAGGAUUCAGCAGUCGAGACAGUGGUGGCAGUCGAGAUGGUUCACGAAGGAUGGAUUCGAUGAGACGAGGGUCUCCACCACCAAGGCGUGGAUCUUCAGGAAUGAGAGGGCGUGGACGUGGUGGACCUGUUUUGAGAAAACAUUCUAAUCGACGCACAAGUUUUUCGGGUCGCAGCAGCAGUUUUGGUCGGCGAGAUAUGACACCACCCAGGAAGUCAAUGAUGCUUCAUUCCUCUCCUCCACGUUACUCUGAUGGGCCAUCAAGAAGAUACAAUGAUUCCCCUCCACCAAGGAGAAUGUCUUCUGACUAUGAUCGCAGAGACAGUAGAUUUACUAGCAGUGGUCUCUCUGAUCGUCUUCCCCCACGUGGCCGAGAUAUGUAUCAGUCUUCCCCUCCACGAGACUCCAGCCGCCUCAUGGACAGUCGUAUGUCAUCAGGUCGGGGUAGCCGAGAUUAUCAGAGUUCACGAGAUUACCCCCCACAGAGGGACUACAAUUCUCGCAAUUUCACUCCAGAGAGAGAACCAAUCCGAUCACGGAUGCCUCCACAAAGAGACUCGUAUUCCUUGAGUAGUCGAGACGACAGACGUGAUACUUUCACACGCAGCAGUGGUGGCCGGGACUAUUUGCCUUCACGUGGCGGCGGCAGCGGUGACUACAUCAGUUCCAGGGACAGUGGACGUGAUUACAACUCAUCACGGGACUACAGCUCUUCUAGUCGUGACUACCAGUCCAGCAGAGAUGUCCCCAGCAGAGAUUAUGGAUCUCGAUUUGACAGCCAUGACUUGGGAGGCGGAAGCAGUCGUUACUCGUCCCGGGACGUUGACAGACCGACACAGAGUAGAGGCCCACCACUCCGCAGCUACGAUGCUCUGGAUGACUUGCCCCCAAGUAGGAACAGCUACAGCAGCCCAGCAGGAGGUUCUCGAGGACCACCAUCUAGGUCAGGACCAUCAUUCAGCUCCCCGCGGAGGCGGCAGUAGUGAUCGCAGAGACAGUCGAGGAGGGGGAGGUGCAGUUUUGGGAAGCCGACGUCCAGGGCCUCCCCUGUCACGUGGGGCUCCUCCACCGAAACGGUCCCGUGUUGACGGACCCCCAAUGAAGCAUGGAGGAACACCAUCCUUCAGGCCGCUAAGCAUUAUACUUGUCUGAUGUACUUUCAGAAUAGAAUAACUUCCUCCAAGAAAUAGCAGCGACUAUUUUAUGUUGUCAAAUUUCAUCCCCUCACCAUACCAGCCAUCCUCACAAUGUUGUUCGUUUUAUCUCGACAAAUGUUUCAUUGUCCAAGUGGAACCCGACUGGAAUCAAUUUCUUUUAAUGUUGUUAGUUUUAUGCUACAAAUCAAGGACAUAUGAUCAUUUCUUACAAAGGCCAAAUUGCGUAUAUGUGUAUUCUUGCUUAUUUGUCAAAUAAGAAAUAAACACCAUUUCAUGUCAA